UUCCUUUAUUCCCCACUUUUAUCACUUCCAGUUGUAUCUGAACAAGCACAAUCGCAAUGUCUAUCUGGCAGCCAGCUCCUGAUCCUCCUACCAAGCUCGGUGUUUACAGGACUCUUUCCUCGCGCGCAGGUGUGAGGGUCAGUCCUAUAUGCCUUGGAGCAAUGAGCAUCGGAGACCAGUGGAACGAUAUCAUGGGCUCGAUGAACAAAGAAGCCAGCUUCAAGCUGCUUGACGCGUAUUUUGAUAUGGGUGGAAACUUCAUCGACACCGCGAACAACUAUCAAAAUGAAUCCUCAGAGCUCUUCAUCGGAGAGUGGAUGGAAAAGCGUCAGAUCCGUGAUCAAUUGGUUCUCGCUACCAAAUACACUACAAACUACAAACUUGCCGACAAAAACAUUCAACAGCGAGUCAACUACACUGGCAACAAUGCUAAAUCUCUGCAUCUCAGUGUUGAAGCUAGCUUGAAGAAACUGCGUACGAGCUACAUCGAUAUCUUGUAUUUGCACUGGUGGGACUUUGAUACCUCGAUCGAGGAGGUUAUGGAUAGCUUGCACAAUCUCGUUGCAUCUGGCAAAGUAAUUUACUUGGGCGUCUCUGACACCCCAGCUUGGAUCGUCUCGCAAGCCAAUCAAUAUGCCAAAGACCACGGAAAGACACCUUUUGUCGUCUACCAGGGCAAAUGGAGCAUACUUGACCGUUCCUUUGAGCGGGAUAUUAUCCCCAUGGCUCGUGCUCAAGGAAUGGCUCUUGCCCCAUGGGGAGUCAUCGGAAGCGGAAAACUUCGCACAGAUGCUGAAGAAGAACAACGUAAGGCGACAGGUGAAAAAGGACGUGACAUGGGUGCCGGAUGGGAGAGAAACGAGAACGAGGUGAAGAUGUCUCGCGCUUUGGAGAAAGUUGCCAAGGACGUUGGCGCGAAGAGUAUCACUGCAGUCGCCAUCGCGUAUGUCAUGCAGAAAACCCCAUACGUUUUCCCUAUCAUCGGCGGUCGAAAAGUCGAGAACCUCGUUGCCAACCUCGAAGCGUUGGAUAUUUCUCUGAGUGACGAGCAUAUCAAGGAACUCGAGAGUGUAUUGCCAUUCGAUGUUGGCUUCCCAUCGGACUUUAUCGGUGAUGGAUCAGAGCCCAUGUUUUUAUUGAAAUUUUCAGCUAAAACGCAAAGGAUACCAUAUGCCAAAGCUCUUCGUCCUUAAUCGAUAUAAAGCAUGUAGUGAUGAAGCGGACAAGUUCGAAUCUCCGUCAUGUUCUAGUUGUAUGGAAUACGGAGCAUCAUAAUCACAUUGUGUAAAGUACAAAGUACAAUGAGACAUUUCCCUUGUUCUUAUCAGAAGAAUUCAGUGAUUUGGCAUGCCUCAGCCUCACAGCGGUAUGUAAACGAGAUUGUACGAAACGUCGAGAGAUAGUACUCCAGGA